UUUUGGCUUUUGGUCAAUGUGUUUGCGGGUCUCCUGCCAAGACGGGCGUCAAUUCGGUCAGCAGAGACGUUUUCACUGUUUUUGUGUAGCUCCCCCAAAUCCCAUAGGUUGUGGGACAGACAUGGCAACCGCUGUACUUCUCUUCCUGGCGGCAGUUCUGCCAGGGUCUACAGCACUGAUGAGAUCUCCAUUAGAAGAGCGAUUUCUACAGUCUUUGAGCCAGCAAGAUGUGUUGUUUUAUUUUGGCUCUGCAUCAAUAGACUCAGUACCAAAGUUUCAGGUGACAUGGGUCAGCUGCACACCUGUGGAGAUGCCCACCAGGCCAAAGGAGUGUGUCUUCCAGGCCCAGGGGAGGCGCUAUGUGCUGGGGCAGAAGCGGGAGAGCCAGUCUUCCUCCUGCAUCUCCUUUGUGGAGAGGCGUCUGAACUCCUCUCUGAGCGUGGUGAAGAGGACCCCUGGAAUCUGCUGUGAACAGCCCAAUGUUCUUGAGCCGAGCCGCGCCAGGGGCCUGCUCUCUCUCUGUGGGGGGACACUGCAAGGCAUGGUGCUGGAGGGACGCAGAAGACUCCGCCUACAGCCGGUGCUACGCAGGCACGAGCACCUCACCCCCAUGGCUGCCGCCAACGAUGGCGGUCUGGCGACUCCGCACCUUGUGGUCUACCAACAGCUUCCCGUGAACACCCUGCCCCACCCUCUUCUCCCAUCUCCCCAUCCGCAUCUCUCCGCUGGCCCCAGGCGGGUGCUGAGGGCAGCCGCGGUACCGGAGGUCACUCACCUGGAGCUGCUGGUGGUCGUCGCCCCAGACGUACAGAAGAUUCACAAGCAGGACACAGAGAGAUACAUCCUGACCAACCUCAACAUUGCAUCCGAGCUGCUGAGGGACGUGACGUUGGGGGCCAACCUGAGGGUGCACCUGGUCCGCAUGAUCAUCCUCACCGAGUCGGAGCCAGAAAUUCAGAUCUCUGAGAACAUUACCUCCUCCCUGAUGAGCGUGUGCAAGUGGGGUCACAGAGUCAACCCCCUUAAUGACACAGACCCCCUGCAUGCUGAUCUUCUGCUUUAUAUUACACGGUUUGACCUAGAGCUGCCUGAUGGCAACAAGCAGGUGAGGGGUGUGGCCCAACUGGGCGGGGCCUGCUCCAGCCAAUGGAGUUGCGUGAUCACCGAAGACACAGGCUUCGAUCUUGGCAUUACUAUUGCACAUGAGAUAGGGCACAGCUUUGGCAUUAAUCACGAUGGCACCGGAAAUACCUGCAGCAGCAGCGGGUUCAUGAUGGCGUCUGAUGGCGGCUACAACAGCGUGGACCUGACCUGGUCACAGUGCAGCCGCGACCAGCUCCAGCGCUUCUUCAGCACAGGCAGUGCAGACUGUGUGCAGGACCUGCCAGUGACGAGCGGGUCCCUGCUGGACUGGAAGCCGGGGCUGUACUACGGGGUGGACGACCAGUGUCGGAUCGCUUUCGGCAGCACCGCCCGAGCCUGCUCCUUCACGCAAGCGGACAUGGACGUGUGCCGCGUGCUGUCCUGUCACAUCACCGCGGGAGACCAGAGCUCCUGCACACGCCUGUUAAUACCCCUGCUGGACGGGACAGAAUGCGCACCAAGCAAGUGGUGCCUGAAGGGGCGCUGCGUGUCCCCAUCCCAGCUGAGCUCCCCCAUGGUGGUGCAUGGCUCCUGGUCCAGCUGGUCCGAGCUCUCCCAGUGCUCACGGACCUGCGGUGGGGGAGUGGCAUCCCGGAGGAGGCAGUGUAACAACCCACGACCAGCAUUUGGAGGGAAACCGUGUGAGGGGAGAGACACUGAAGCUGAACUUUGUAACAGGCAGCCGUGCGCUAUGACCCAGCUGAGAUUCAUGGAGGAACAGUGCUCCCUGACGGACUCACAGCCCCUCUCUCUGUCCGCUGGCACUGCCUCCCUGUACACCUGGAUCCCUGCUGUGGGCCUCGUCACAGGAGACACCCAGUGCAAGCUCAUGUGCCGCCCCCAGGGGGAGGAGUUCAUGGUCAGCCGGGGGUCAGAGUUCACCGAUGGCACCCGCUGUGAGCCCAACACUCCGGCUCCACCAGGCAUGGUCACUGCGUGUUUGGGGGGGAAGUGCCAGCUGUUUGGCUGUGAUGGCCACCUGCUCUCUAGGGAGGAGGAAGAUGUGUGUGGGGUGUGUGGUGGAGAUGGCUCCACCUGUACCCUGGUCUCUGGCUCAUACACAGAGGGCAAGGCCCAAGAGUACAUCACGUUCCUGACUCUUCCACUGAACAGUACACGUGUGCACAUCCUCAACACUAAGCCUGUGUUCACACACCUGGCGGUGUUAGUCCAGGGCAGGUAUGUGGUGGCUGGCGGUGGCAGUGUGGCUUUAAACACCACCCACCCCUCUCUUCUGGAGGACAGCCAGCUGACCUAUCACCUGUACCUGACACCCGAUGGCCUGCCCCAGAGGGAAGAGCUACUGCUGGCUGGGCCUUUAUUAGAGGAGACGCACAUACAGGUCUACCGGAAGUACGGAAAGGGGUAUGGAGAACUCACCAAUCCGAACAUCACAUACUCCUUCUACGAGCCUGGGGGCGUGGCUAGCAAGGCUGCACGGAGGGGUGAAUGGACGUCAGUAACAUCACCCUGCUCUGUCACCUGUGGGUCAGGAAUCCAGGAAACGGCUGCCAUCUGCGUGGACAGGGUCAGUCAGGAGCAUUUGGAGGAGGCGUUCUGUGAAGCAACCGAUCGACCCUCUGUUCUGCCUGCCCCCUGUCACCUUCGCGCCUGCCCACCCUACUGGUUGACUGGGGAGUUUGGGCCUUGCAGUGCCUCCUGUGGAGGGGGAGAGAGGGAGCGUCCGGUGCAGUGUGUGCAGAGACAGGAGGGGGUGAUUGUGCAGGUGUCAGCCCUGCUAUGCCCACAGGACUCUGCUCCACACUCAACAGAGCCCUGCAACCCCCAGCCCUGUCCUGCCAGAUGGCACGUGUCGGAGACAGGCGAAUGCUCAGCGGUGUGUGGUCCGGGCGAGGCCCGGCGCAACGUGUCCUGCGUCCGGACGGAGAAGGGCGUGGACGUGCCAGUGGACAGCAGCCUGUGCCCGCAGGCUACCAGGCCAGCUGGUUCCCUGCCCUGCGUGGUGGACAUCUGCCCCAUCGGCUGGAAGACGGACAGCAAGGCCCAGUUUAAACACAAGAUUACAGAAGGUGUGAUGUCACAAUCACGUGUGGAACCUGUGUACGUAUGGAGCCCAGUGAUUGGCCAGUGCUCACAGAGCUGUGGGAAUGGAGUGCUGCAGGUGUGGUAUUCCUGUGUGGAUCACCAGUCCCAGCUGGCAGUGCUGGAGUUCCACUGCGAUGGGUCGAGCAAGCCGGAACCUCACACCAAGCCCUGCAACCCCACCCCCUGCCCCCCGACGUGGCGCUACAAGCAGGGAGCGUGCAGCGUGACAUGUGGAGGUGGGGUGGCACUCAGGGUGCUGUACUGCUCGCGGGACACUGAGGGCGGGGAAGAGUUUAUGAGUGACACGGAGUGCAGGACUGCACCCAGGCCAACAGAGCUGGUGACGUGUAACAGCAAUACCUGUCCCCCCAGGUGGAGAGCGCUGGGUACGGGACCCUGCUCGGUGUCCUGUGGGGAGGGCAUCGCCCGCCGGAACGUGUCCUGCGUGCAGUUUAAAGAGGGCAGGGAGAGCAGGGUGUCAGAGGAACUGUGCCCCCCAGCCGAGAGGCCAGCCGCCACAGUGCCCUGCCGUGUGCAGGCCUGUGCCUUCAGUUGGGUGGUGGAGGAGUGGAGUCAGUGCUCCGUGUCCUGUGGCUAUGGGAUUCAGUCCAGGGUGGUGUCAUGCGUGGGACCGUCCCAGCCCCGGCCCCUCAGCCCCCUGCUCUGCAUGCACAUGCCCAAGCCGAUCACCAUCCAGGGCUGUUACCAGGGUGACUGUGGAGGCCCCGCCCAUACCACCACAGAACCCAACGCACUCCAGCUCACCACCACCGCUUCAGCUCCUAAGACACCACAGAUACCCUGGUACCGAGCUGCCACUCUGCCAAGGCAUCCCCCGGAACUGAGCCCAGCGCCCUCCACUGAAGCCACACGGACAGAACCAGCUGAAACCGAUGAGUGUGGACAACUCCUUGUGCAGAGCUCAGGCACAGUGGACCUGAGAAAGACCUCAAGCAGGUUCUGCACUCUGUCUAUUGGCCGCCCGCUGGAUGAGGUCAUCGUCUUCAUGGUGGAGUCCAGCUCCCUCAACUGCCAGGACAAGGACUACUUGCUGCUCUCCAAUAGGAGGAUGAUGAUGAGGAAGUGCAAAGGUUUGACAAACUAUACCCUGACCACCCGCACCAACUUCCUGCAUGUGCGCCAGGGCCGUGUCUCCCGCGGCAACGGAGUACUGUUCUCUUACCACAGUCAGAAAAACACCAUGAACAGCCAACAUGGAGGCUGUGAUGUACAGCUGUUUGGGCCCAGUGGACAGAUCGUGAACCCGAUCCAGCGGUCCGGCUCAACGAAUCAGACAUGUCGCACCUUCAUCAACGUCUCGCCAAGAUCCAAAAUACAAAUCCGGGCCCUCCGCGUCCAGCCUGCGUCUGAGGAUGCAACCACUCCCACUUUCAUACUGAUCCGGGAUGCGGACAUCAUGCAGACCACAUGGUUCAUCGGCGACAGACUGUUUGAGUGGAGAUCUGUCGGGAGCAGCGUGGAGGUGGAGUUCCACGGAGAUUACCUGCACCACGAGGGGAGCUUUCUGGCAGAGUAUUCCGCCGUACAGCCCUGACCCAAAGACGUUCCCUUCCCUCCUCCCGAAAGGUUACAACUGCAUACCACUGUACUGGGAAUGGGAAACCUUUGAAAGAAGAUGAAUGCAGAGACUGACACCUUUCACUUUUUCACUGCAUUGUUUUCCUUUUUUUAAAGAAUGAUUUUAACAUCCAUCAAGCGGAACUGGAUAAAAUAACCAAACUGAUAACAACACAACUAGCUAACAUAAACACGUUUAAACUCGGUUCAUUACUCUGUGUCCUGUUCGAGCAUUUCUUCAGACUGUUGCUCUAGGAACAAUCUGCUGGGGUAUUUACAAUCCACUCCCACAGUUGCACAAUUCUAUAGUUUUAUUGAACACCACAGCUUCAAGGCCACGGAGUAUUUGCACAAACCGUGAUGACAAGGCACAGAAAGUAGAAACCUUUUUUGCAUAGAUUUUGUUUCAGUACGUUUCAGAACUUGAAAUGCAUGUCAUUGCCACACACAACACUUGAUUUUAGAUAAAUUAACAAACCAAUAAACAUAAUGUACAGAAAACAAUAUUUUAACAAGGCAUUAAUAAUAUAUGGCACUUGUGUGUCUGAACAAGUUUCAUGCUAGAUUUACAAAAUGACAAAGUUUAUUUUCUCUUCACAGUGUGUGCUCUAUCCAACUGGUCAAAAGUGGCCAUGUGACAAACUAGCCACUCACUGACAGACAGACAAAAAAAAAAAAGAAAAAGAAAGAAAAAUGCCUAGUACUUCAGGCCACUGUGCUGUGUCCCGCGGCAGUGUUGAAUGGCAUAAAACACAAUCUGAACAAUGAAUACAAGAAUUUAAAAACACUUCAGUGAUAGAACAAUGAUAGCAGUGCUGUAUACAGAACACAUAAAGAUGUUCAUUUUUAAUAGUUUUCAUGAUUUUUAAUGUAAAGACUCAAUCUUAAAAGCUGUCAUUACUUAAAUUGGGUUCAAAUCCAUACAAGCAAGAUAUACGAAACAAAACAGACUGACGUUUCAUAUCCCUGUAAGUCAAUCAGAACUGACUACUAAUCUGAGGUUUGCAUUGGUUGUUUAAUAUUGCAAGAUAAUUGGCAUUAUUAACGGGUAUUAACACACUGGUAUGGUAAAGGAAGUAAUUAAUGGCAGUAAUCCAGUGCUAAAUUAAUUAUGAAGGCACAUGUCUGAAUUAUAGACUGAAUUAUAAUUCUAACUCAGUGCAUGUUUUAUUGAAGCGGCAGGGAGAUUUGAAGGCGCACUGCACUGAGAUACUGCACUGCAGUGAUUACCUCAAUAACACACAUAAUAAAACCGCCUGGCCAUGCUAAUGUUAUGUUUGUACUGCAAUAGGAACUCGAGGACCAACUGAAAGGGCAAUGGAAAACGUACACCACUGUCAGAAUAGUACCUUCUAUUGUGUUUGGAAUACAUAAUACUAAGAGAUGAGGCCCUGGGUCCAAAACUGUUUUACAAACUAUUAGUUUGUUCCAUGAUAUAAUUCUACUGGCAAACUUACAGUAUGUGUUUCAUGCAAGUGCUCACUUUUCAGUUAGCUAAGACCCAUUCCUUGAAAACAGCAAAUGCAUUCAAUAUUCACAAUACUAUUACUAUAGCCAAUUCACAAAUUAAACUGCUAAUUAAACAACCCCUUUAAUGCACAAUGUUAGAAAAAAAAAACUGACCCAAAUGCGUAAUUACAACCAAAACUAUUUACAGGGUCAGUUUCAAAUUUGCAAAUAAAUAUUCCAGAAAAACAACAACAACAACAAAAAAAUGUUUUGUCACCUGACGAAUGGCAAAAAAUAAAUACAAACUACUGUAUCUCCAUUAUGCUCAUAAAUCAUUUAUGUAACAAAAUAGGAGAAGCAACUUUGGCACCCGUUUUUCACUCAUUUCUGAACUGUGGGAACACGGCAACGUUUUAAACCAGAAGUGAAUCAUUAACGAGAAUCAAAUCUUCAUUUAAGGUUGUUCGUAAAAAAAAAAAAUUCUACGCUUCCAGCAAAAGGCAGAACAAAGGACAGUGCCCUCCGCUCCCACCCUGGGGGUGGGGCAUGUGAGGUCUGUUUUUUUCCGGGGGGGUCGCAGGCGAUAAAACGGUAGCCCCACCUCCAGCUUAAUCAGUGCACCGUACCAAACGCUGAAUAGCCACGUGAAAAUGCCCAACAACCACCCCCCCCCCGGACAGUUUUCACCACCGUCAGUUUGGAACCCCAGAGAAUGGGGCAGCGUCUGUUCCCCUUCCUCACAGCUUGGCCGGGGGCGUCCGGUCCAGCAGGUCCCGCAUGUCCACCAGCGCCUCCUCCAGGGCGCGGGCUAGCUUGGCGGCGUGGGUUUCCGCGCAGCUGUUGAAGGCCGUCACGGAGAAGUUGAUGUGCUCAUCCAUGGGGUUGUAGCACACGCCGUACCCGUCCGGCACGACCGGCCCGAAGCACAUCACGCAGUCCGUCUUGGCCGGAACCUUGAGAGGAGACAGACGUGCACUCAGAACAUCGCCUUCCAGCACGACUCUGCCGCUACUCUUAAUCUGUAGCACAACACCUAUGUAUACUCCAUUCUCUCUUUGAUAAUGCCUGUUAGGUACUGGAAUGGCAGGCUGGUCUGCACAAAAAACCUGCUGCCAAGGCAAAAUGAACUUCCCCACACCUCUUCUGCAUUAGAUUAUUGAACUGGAUUGUUUUUCGCUCUUUGUUAAUAAACCCCCCUGCAAAAACAGCCUAGAGCGAUUUUAUAUUAUUUUUCUGUGUGACUGGCUCUGUUUGCCACUGCAUCGCUGCUCUUAUGAUUUUGUGCAGCUUUUGUAAAGUGAGUUCUGAGCAAAUUUUCUUUGUCACGAGUGCUGCACCUUGGAAAAUCUUGAAUAAAUUUGUAAUACUG